AUGGCUUAUCGAAAAUAUGCUGAUCGAAAACUAGUUGUUGUUGAUACGCCUGGCCUAUUCGAUACGAAGAGAUCAAUCACUGAAACAAUGGAACAAUUAACCAUUGGUUUUCAACUUGCUGCACCGGGUCCUCAUGCUUUUCUUAUUGUUCUCUACGGUCGCUACACAAAUGAAGAUCAAUUAGUAUUCGAUAUAUUACAGAAAAAAUUUGGACAGUAUUUGAUGGACUAUUGUAUUCUUAUUAUUUCUCAUGAAGAUGAAGUACGAAACGAUGAUAAAUACAUAUCUGAUAAUGAAGUUAUACGCAAAUAUUUUCAAGAGGCACCAAAAAAUUUACAAGAAUUCUUGAUAAAAUGUAACAAUCGUUUUAUUCUCAUCAAUAAUCGUGCUCCAUUCAAAGAACGUGAUCGAAAAAUUUCGAUGCUUAUCGAUAUAAUCAAACAAAAUGAACAAGAUCAUGCAAAUAGUUUUUAUAAUCAAGAAAUGUUUGAUCAAGCAGAAAGAUAUGAUCAAGAAUGGAAAAAUGAUGAAUUGGAUUAUAAAAGAA